UUUCAGCAUCUGGGGAAGGGGUUGGAUACAUAUUACGUUUUUGGAAAGCCUGAUAUUUAGGAGUGAAUGGACGUCUAACUAUUGAAACCCAGGACCUCUGAAGUCCUCUUUUCUCAGCUUUCAAAAGUCAAGCAAUCUUUGGGAAACAACCUGUGCUUUGCUUUCCAAGUGACUCUCUUCCCCAGUAUCAGUUUGCUCCCUCUCUGUAGCCGUGCUUCAGUGCUGUGAGGAGGCAGAAGGUAGUGCCAUGGCUGACCUGCUGCAGCGAGACCUGCGUGCUGUGCUCAGCAGGUUCUUGCUUGCUCAAUUCACAGCACUUCCUUAGCACUCAGCUUUCAGGGGGGUGAAGCAGCUCUUGUUGCCCCAACAGGGGUCAAGGAACUGAGCCCCUCUGCGAAUUUCAGGUAUCUGAUAUUGGCACCCAAUAGGCUUUGUGCCAAGCAGCUUGACCAAAGCCGUGGGGAACAGGAGAGCCCAGCCCAUUUGUUUUCACUCUUGCUUCAUCCUCACCGCCUCCAUGCCGCAGUGUCUGGAGGAGAUUAAGCUCAGCAAACAAACAGGACGUUGUUAUCCUGGAGGUUUCAGAUGCAUCUACUCUUCCCUUCUGGAGCUGAUGCAGUCACGCCCUUUUGUAAUGCAAUUGCCUCAUUUUAUUUGGCAUCUCCUGUUCCUGAGCAGUGAAGAGAUGAUGAAGAUGGAAGAUGAAAGCAGGAGAGAAGGGAAGGACCCCCCCAACGGGCAGGUGCUCAUGGUGCUCAGUAUGGACAAUAACUGCUCGGCCACCUCCUUCGACAUGGAGCUUUGUGCAGAGAAGCUGAAGUCCCUCGGGGUUCAGGUGGCAGCAGACGAGUGGAGGAGGUUAAUCCAGGAGGCCGUCCUGAAGCCUGAAGUGAGACGGUACAUGUUCUACAACUCCAGGGCGUUCCAGAUCGCCAUCGCUGUGAUCUUCUACAUGUCUCUCUGGACAAACAUUUACUCCACAGUCCAGCUGUGCUCCUUCGGGCGCUACUGGGAGGCCAGUGUGCUGGUGACCCUGGCCGCCGUGGCCAUCACCGUGGUCAUGAUACUGGUCCUCGACUGGCGACAGAGAAAGAUCAAUAUGAAUACAGACGUGAGGCUGGCAGCUGUCAAUGAAUUCUUUAUCAAACACAGUUUAAUUCUGGGGAUUACAGAUGUCCUGAACGGGCCACACAGCAUCCUACAACUGUGGUUUGUGCACUUCAGCCCUGAGCGCUGCCUCAGGUCCUUGUCAGCCCACCUCGCUGAGCUGCAGCGGACGCAAGAGUCAGACUUGCGGCACAGCCUGGACCAGCUCUGCGUGGUGAUGGAGGCAGCAGUACAGCCCGAGCCGGCAGCAGAGGAGGCUUCGUGCGAGGAGUCCCCUCUCCUAUCCAAUGGGGUGAACUUCAAGAAGGAGCCCGUGAUGUGCAACCAGCUGCUCCGCCUCAUUCCCGAGGGCCCACCAGAGGUAGACACUGACGCCUCUCCUGCUCGUUCCAGGUGAUGGCCCAGCAGCUCCUGGUCAUCUUCAGCGGCUGCUACGUCCGGCUCCUGGUCAGCGGCCGGCUCCCCCCGAGCACAGCAGCUGGGCACGUGGAGCCCAGCAGCGUGCCCUGCCUGUGCCAGUUCAUCCAGAGCACCGUGCUCAGCACGCAGCAGUGCUGCCUCCCGGGCAGGUGACCCCUGGGGGCUGCAGGAAGCCGAAACACAGGCUGCCCGUGCACAGCAGCGAGGAGAAGCAGAGGAGAGGGCUGUAAGCCCCAUCCUGGACUUAUCGGGGUGAACAAGUGGAACUCUAAUAAACAUGAAAGGUAUCGGGAA